GUGGAAGAAAAUUCUUUCCAAGCGCACUGUGUACUUAGUUUUCUGUCGCGUUUCGUUGAAACGUCGGCCAAUAUGGCGGAUAGCCGUCCUGCUAGGGGCCGUCCAAGAAGACCAGAAGGCAUCAAACGCCUAAAACUCAGAGAAUCUACAUAUAAUCUGUGGAUUGAACGGAAGGAGGCCCUUGGGCUACACGGAAUUACAAAUAAUGAUUUCGCGGAGAUGCUUCUUCACCAGCAACUUAUACGAGAGCGUGAUCGAUCUCCUCACGCUCAUCCAGAUGAUACUUCACCUCAAGUGCAUCAAGGUAAAAUAUUGAAUAAUUUUUCAAAAAAAACUCUCUUUUUUUAUUAUGCCAUUAUAGCAGUUUUAGUAUUUCGCUAUUUUUUUUUUUAUACAUUGCGCAUUCUUUCGUAUUUUUUGGUAGGAAGAAGGCAGCUAUUCCUCCAGUCGACCCCGAUGGGUAAAGAAAUCAGGACUGAGAAUAUCACAGUUUCCCCUUUAUCCUUAGCUGGUGCUGCAGAAAACUCAAGUUUGAGCAAGUGAGUACGUUUAAUUUAGCGUAGAGUCUACAAUCGGUAUGUUGUGUUAAAAGGAUAGGCUUGGAAACCUUGUACUAAUAUCAUACAACAAUAAUGAGUUUCUUCAUUGCUUCGUUCAUGUUUUCUUGUAUUUAGGAUUGAAGUUGAUGAGCUAGAGAAAGACCAACUGACUGGGCACAGGACUCUUUUGGAUGAGCUUUCUGAUUGGAAUCCCCUGUUUUCCUCUCUAGAGGGCAAUCCUCAUUCAGAGGCAGACACUAUGAGUGAAGUGGAGUAAGUGUGUCUAUUUCUCUUUGCAUUUCUCGAGACAAUUUUUUUUGCUGAGAUAAAUACUCCUACUCUUAUAUCAGUUCAUAGUUAAGCUGCUUAGCAUCUGCUUUCGCCCUUGCUACCAUUAUAAUUUUUUAAGAUAGACCAUACCAAUGUCUGUAUCCUGAAAAGGGGGUGGGCAAUCAGAUAUAAUAAUGUUAGGGAUGGGCAAAACUAUUUUAAAUCUGAAUAUAUUUGUGAUCCUAAGACCCUCUUUGGGUUUUGGAAUUUUGCAGUGUAGUGGCCUUCUUUUACCGGACAGAAUGGAAAUUAUGCAGAAAAAACAACGUUACUUGGAUCAGCAUUUUCACAUCCUGUUACUAUUACAAAUUUUUAUCACAGAAAGUUCUGUUGUACUGUUCAGUGCAUUAGCAAUAUUUUAUUUUAUUAGCUUCACCUAUUACAUGACACACAGCGAGCAAAACAAAGCUGAAUAAGUAAGCAUUCAUUAUUAGGCAAAGAUUCCACAACACAAAUAAGCCAAUUACAUUGGUCCCAGAGUUUAAGAACAACAAAGAAGCUUCAUUUGAUUAAAAACAACAACAAAGAUGGAAAGACACAUUACAUGAAACAUUACAUGAUGGAUAGAUGGUAAUAAUGGUGAAUUUGUCAUUUCAGGUCUGGUGAUCAUGCUUCUGAUGCUAGUGACUCUGAGACUGCAGAUAGCUGGGACAACAGUGAUCAGUUCAGUGAGUCUGAUGAUGGCAAUAGGAGUGAAGAAGAAAUAACUUUUGAAAAUAUAGAAGUCGAUCAAACAAGGUAA